GGGAUUAUAAUGUAGAUAUUUACUGAUGUUUUUAUGGUGUUUGUAUUAAAUUAAAUCCAAAGUAACACAGAAACAUCCGGGUCUUUGUGAAGCCGUCGCCAUUUUGGACGCGCUUUUAGCUUUUCGUGUCAGCUCCAUAGCACCACUGUGUGUUUAGGGAACACAAUUCAGUCCUGUGUCGCUGGUAAUCUAUUUUAAACUGUAAAUGCUUUCCAAAGGAAAUAAUCUUAAAAGACAGAGUCUUUCUCGGGUCUCAAUCCAUCCAUCUGCAGGAAUAUGUUUGGUCUCUGGGUGACAUUAGCACUUAUUCGGGGAAGUUUGUUAGCAGGUCCAGGGCAAGGUGAGGUCGGCACCAGAGAGUGUGUGUAUUAUAAUGAUAACUGGCAAGCUGAGCGGACAAAUCAGAGUGGCUAUGAGAGAUGCGAGGGAGAUAAGGACAAGAGACAACACUGCUAUGCAUCCUGGAUCAAUUCUUCAGGAACAAUACACCUGGUGAAAAAGGGCUGCUGGCUCGAUGACUUCAACUGCUAUGACAGACAAGAGUGUGUGGCCACAGAGGAAAGCCCUCAGGUGUUUUUCUGCUGCUGCGAGGGAAAUUACUGCAAUGAAAGAUUCACACACCUGCCGGAAGUCACUGCGCCUGCAGUGAAGAUUCAGCCUCCUCCGGUGGGACCGUCCCUGCUUGGCGUGUUGGCGUACUCUCUUCUUCCUCUGCUUGUGCUGUCUCUGGCCUUGGUACUCGCAUGCUGGACUUACCACCAGCGCAAAGCUCCAUACGGUCACGUGGACCUUAACCAGGGUGUGGGUCCUGCUCCUCCGUCUCCUCUGGUAGGUCUGAAGCCUCUGCAGCUGCUGGAACUAAAGGCAAGGGGGCGUUUCGGGUGUGUGUGGAAGGCUCAGCUGCUAACCGAAUAUGUUGCAGUCAAGAUAUUCCCUGUUCAGGAUAAGAAUUCAUGGCAGAACGAGAGAGAUAUUUACCUCACUGAGGGGCUGAGACACGAGAACCUGCUACGCUACAUCUCUGCAGAAAAACGAGGAACCAACCUGGAAAUGGAGCUGUGGCUCAUCACCGAAUUCCACGAAAGGGGAUCUUUAACAGACUUUCUGAAGGGGAAUGUGGUGAACUGGUCUGAGCUGUGCCACAUUGCAGAGAGCAUGGCUCGAGGCCUUGCCUACCUACAUGAGGAUCUCUCCUAUAGAUUGGAGUCACCCAAACCUGCAAUCGCACACAGGGACUUUAAGAGUAAGAAUGUGUUGCUCAGGACUGAUUUGACUGCUGUGAUUGGAGACUUUGGCCUGGCUGUUCGCUUCGAACCAGGAAAGGCACCUGGAGAUACUCAUGGCCAGGUCGGUACAAGGCGCUACAUGGCCCCGGAGGUGCUGGAGGGUGCCAUAAACUUUCACAGGGAUGCAUUUUUGAGGAUUGAUAUGUACUCUUUGGGCCUGGUGCUCUGGGAACUGUUGUCCCGCUGCACUGCUGCUGAUGGCACUGUACAUGAGUACAUGCUCCCGUUUGAGGAGGAGGUGGGUCAACACCCAUCUCUGGAGGAUCUGCAGGAUGUGGUGGUCCAUAAGAAGAUGAGGCCCGUGCUGAAGGACUGCUGGCUCAAACAUUCGGGAUUGGCUCAGAUGUGCGAGACAGUAGAAGAGUGCUGGGACCACGAUGCAGAGGCCCGUCUGUCCGCAGGCUGCGUGGAAGAACGCAUCAUCACCCUCACCAGGGCAUCCAACACCACCAACAGUUCUACCUCAGAGUCCCUGGUCUCCGUGAUCAUGAUAGACAGCGACUCCGCUUUACCACCGAAAGAGGCGAGCAUGUGAAUGGUGUCAGAGAGCGCUACACCACCAACAUCAAACCUCUUCACUAAUGUGAACUUUGCUGCUUUUCUGGUACUUUAUAUGUGGACUUUAACCACAUCUGCAAGCAAAAUAUUUAUCAACAAGUACAAAUAGUAGUAAGAAUAAAAUCAGACGUGUGCGUGUACGCUCGUGCACAUGCGUAGAGCUUCGCUGUGCUUUACUCAAGGCAGUUCACUCAUGAAUUCGGGAGCAGUUUUUUUUCUCCCAAAACGUAGUUGUUGUUGAUUUUGCUUGUGGAUCUUUUAAUAUCUUUCGCAUAAAUUUACUUCCAUAAUUUAAUUUUUAUUUGGAAGUUUUAGUAAAUUUCACACUACUUCUGCUGUACACUCGCAUCGAGAAAGCACAUACGCACAACAAGCUGAAGCCUCGUACACAAUCCAAUGACCAUUACACCGUGCAAUUGUUACUUUUAGGAUUCAAAUGUGAACUGUAAAUAAGUUUACUUGUUUUCUAAUAUCUGCAUCCACACCGCAAAUACCUCCGUUCAAAGGACUCGGCUGGUGAAAUCUACAUUCCUCGUCUGUCUUUAUGCUGUUGAUCAGUGACUCGACAAAGUGGAACGAGAAGCUAAAGACUGUUACACAAAGCCGUCCUCCGUUUGCUCGAGCACCUCUCUUAUUACUCAGUGAUCUUUUUUAAUAGUUGCACGAAUCUUUAGUUUCUCUGUGACGAUGUUUGACGUGUUUUAUGAAGAAUGAUCUGUUGGUUAGGAAUUUGAGAGAGCAGUUGUCUGGAACACUGGAAUCAAAAGGCAGCAGGACUGUUUUGGUUUUGUUCAGUAUUGCUAUAUUUUAGUGUAGCCUCUGAUUAUCUGCUGUUUGAUGGUUUUAUCAGGCAGAUUAUCACCUUGUGUGUGGAGGUCUGGGAAAACCUUUCACAUGUCACUACUGAGACAAAUUCUGGAAAACGUGCAAUAACAAUGAGCCAAACAAGCCAGUACAAUACAUCUCAAUUUUAAGUAGGUAUUAAUAUAUUUUAGGACAACAGUGUAAAAAUGUUUUUACCCAGGCUGCGUUUUAACUUUGCUUAGUCUGCAACGAUCAUGUUGUUUAAGUAGUCAUUAAAGCAGUAAGUAAAACCAGUAAGUGUACCUUAAGGUUUUUUAUUAAAUAAUUACCUUCUAUAGUGAAAUAGACUUAAGCCUCGUCUAUUCAGUUUGGAACCAGACGUCGUCUGUCAUCAAAACAGAGAAGAGCGCCGACAUGCACUACAGCUGACAAUGAAGAUGUUAAAUGUUUGAACGACUUAAAAAAACAUAAGCGUUUACACACCGAAUGAUUCGGCAACGUUUCAGCGUCAGUGUUCAUGGAAAAGCGAUCAGUUAAGUGAAGAGAUUGUAACAAGGCUUUUAGUUCAGAAUCAAAGUGAGAUGUAUGUGAUCACUAGUAGAUCUCUACAGACUUGUAUGUAGAUCAAUAUUUAAAAUUUGGCCAUGUGAAGGGUUUUCUCAGGUCACCAAAACGUGUAUGUAUUCGUAUGCUAAGUUUGUGAAUCUAGAACCCCGAUGUAGCGUCUACAGGUUGACUGUUGUGACACAGAAAUGCCUUUAUCAUGCUCGUCAUGCUUUAGUGUUAUGCCUACGUAUUUAAGGCACGUGUGAUGUGUGCAUUAUAUACAGGUGCUGUGCUUAUAAUAAGCAAAAGCUUGGACUCUUCAGGAUUAACAAGGGUGGCUUUGUUUAAUAUACUACACUGCUCAGGUAAAUGUGGGUUUGCAUGUGACGUGCGUGUGUGUGUGUGUGUGUGUGUGUGUGUGUGUGUGUGUGUGUUUAUCACAGCUUUUAGCAAUAGAGCCCAGCAGUAGGAACAUCUCAGUGGAGUGACGGCGCUCAGUGUUCAUAUUUACUGCUCCUUUGAAAACCGUAAGAUUAUUAGAUCUCAUCUGAAGGUGUGUUGUGUUGGCAGAGAAUUUGAAGUUCGAUAGUUAUAUAACUAUUUUGACCUCAAUUAGCCGAGUAUUUUAUUGUUUUUAUGGUAGACGUGUAAAUAAACAUAUGGCUACUUUUAUAUGUUUUAGAUUUUUUUAAAUAUAUAUAUCUAAAGUACUGUGAUAUUUUUGUGAGCUAGCAGUAUAGUUCAUGUAAAGACAACUUGUUUUUAAUUAUUAUUAUUAUUAUUGUUGUUGUUGUUGCUGUAUUAUAACUGGAACCUACCUCAUUGUAUCCUCUCUGAAAUAAUGGUUAAUUUUCCAAACAUCUUAUCUCUUCAGCUUUGUCUGGAUUGUAUUAAUCUGUUUGUUGGAGUCUGUAUACAGCAGCAUUAGCAGAAUCUCUAACAUCUACCUGAGCCAGUUUACUCAGCUCGACUAACGCUAGUUAAAUGUAUACUGACUUCAGGGAAUUAAAGGUAAAACUGUGUAAGUAUUACCAACUGUGUGCAGGUUGGAUUGUGCCAAAUUCCUUUGAAUAGAUUAAAGCAGAACUUUGUGCUACUACAGUGUUCAGAAUUAGUGUUACAGAGCUGGAUGUGGUCUUAACACAGGAAAUGUGGCAUGCACACCACAUGGUCAGUUUGGUAAGCUUUAAAAACUGUACAUGCUGUGAUUUUCUGCAAAUCAAAUGUGGUCUUUGACUUAACUGUUUGAUUCCUUGUGUUUCCGAGUCGAGAGGGUUUUAUUAUUAUUUUAUUAUUUUUUUCCCUCCCUCUGUCCUUAGUCGGACAUUAGAAAAAUCUAAUUACAAGCUUUAGUUGAACACAGCAUCACCAUACACCUAUAUACACAUACAUGCAUGUGGGUUUAUUACAUCAAAAAUCAGAAUCUUCAUUUUGGAUGUCAAAUCUUUAGGAUUCAUUAAAUGUAAAGUCAGCAAUCCUCUACAUCGUAGCCUUAUUCGUUAGUAUUCUAUUAGUCUUGGAUACUGUAUGUACUCUGUAACCCUAUUUGUAGAGUAUAUCUGAAAUCCUCAUAUUCUCCUAGGAGAAUAUACUUUUAAAUAUGUAUAUCCAUGAGAAAUCACAAGUAGUAACAGCAGAGCACAAAACCCUGUGUGGCAUGGCAAGUCUGAUAGCUGUGUGCAGUCUGAUUUCUGUAACUCGGAUCUAACCAAGUUGGCGAUGCACAAAAUGUGGAACAUGAUAUUUUAGACUUGCAGCUUUUAUAUAGAACAGUGCUGAAUGACCGUUGUUAUAUUCAGGAUGUACACACACCCCUGAGUGUGUCCGUGCGUGUGCGUGUGUGUGUGUGUGUGUGUCUAUGGUGCUCAUUUAAUUGCAAGAUACCAGAUGUAUAAGAAUUCUUGGUAAAUAUUUGUGUUUUAUUUAUUUUUAUUUUUUUUGUUUCUGUGAACCUGCUAUGUAAAGUCAUUUCAGUUUAUUGCCUCAUUCAGGACUUUAUUAAAGACCACUAAAUGCA